GUGCUGCUUGUGGACAAGCCAAAGGAGUGGACCUCGUUCGACGUGUGCGGCAAGCUGCGCCCCGCACUGGCGGCGCUGCUGGGCAAGAAGAACCGGGAGGUGAAGGUCGGGCAUGCAGGCACGCUGGACCCCAUGGCCACCGGCCUGCUCAUCGUGUGCGUGGGGCGGGGCACCAAGGCGGUGGAUGCGUUCAUGGCCAUGCACAAGUGCUACAGCGGGACGCUGCGGCUGGGGGAGGGCACGCCCUCGUAUGACGCAGACACGCCUGUGGAGCAGCGAGCGCCGUGGGAGCACAUCACGGACGACGACUUGCUGCGGGCGCGGGAUGGGCUGGUCGGCGAGAUCCAGCAGCUGCCGCCGAUGUACUCAGCCAUCAAGAUUGGUGGCCAGAAGCUGUGUGAUGUGGCGCGCAAGGGCAAGGAGCUGGAGCGCCAGCCGCGAACCGUCACAGUCGAGAGCUUUGACCUGUGGCGGGACGCGGGCGAGGCGCAGUGCGUGCACUUCCGCGUGGUGUGCAGCAAGGGCACCUACAUACGCUCGCUGGCGCACGACCUGGGCGCCGCACUGGGCUCUGCCGCGCACCUGACGGCGCUGCGGCGGGAGGCCAUCGGGCAGUACAGCGUGGAGGGGGCCUGGGAUGUGCGGCAGCUGGCGCAGCAGCUG